GGCGGGGAUGUUCUUCCAUUUGGAGAAUCCCAGUGACUUCCGCACUUCUCUUCGCGCCUCGCUUCUUGUCUCUGGCUGGGCAGCUCUACAGUGUGUGUGUGCCGGUCGAUGACAAAGCGCCCUCGCUUUGCGCUGGUAUCUGUCGGCUUCAGGGUGAGUUGUUUCGAAAUGAAGUCUAAAAAAUGCACCAGUGAAGGACUUCCACUUAAAAAAAGUGAGAAAUCCUCUCGAGUUCGACUCUUCUUCUGAUGGCCAACUCUCUAUUCUCUCGCGGUCCGCGCCCCAGGCAGCUGCGCACACUCAACUGCUUUUUCUCUAUUUCCUUUCGCGCUGUUCUUUGUCUAUUCUUCUCCUAGUUACCUCUCGUCUUCCCUUUCACUGUCUCCCUGCUUCUCUCUUCCCUCUUCUCUUCUUCAUGGUCCCUCGCAAAAGGACUGGCGCCGUCUCUCAUCUCUUUUUCUGGACUGUGUCUCCACCUGUCCACUAUCUCCUGACUUUCCAGCGUUUUUCUCUCUGUCAACAUGCAGUCUCUGAGCUUAUCUCGAUCCGCGGCCCUUGCGGGAUCACAUUCCUCUUCUUCUUCCUCUUCUGCAUCUUCUUCUUCCUCUUCUGCAUCUUCUUCUUCCUCUUCUGCAUCUUCUUCCUCUUCUGCAUCUUCUUUCUCUUCUUCCUCCUCCUCUCUUGAUGGCUGCCGAGACAGGAGUGCUGCCGGUAUGUCAGAGUUCUCGUCUUUUCACAUUCGUAGGGAGACUUUCGUUCCUCCUAAAAGCAGAGAGCGGCCUCGCUCGUCUCCGACUCUGUCUUCUUCCUUCUCUUCUUUUCUUCCUUCUGUGUUUGCCUCUGCGUCUUCUCGAAUGUCUUCUUCUCCUUCUGUCGCACCGCAUCGCCGAGAAGGCACACCGAGGCGCGGCCGCAUCAUCGGGAAAUCCUGUGGCUGUGCUCGCGUUUUUCGUCGUUUUCUUCGUCUCCUUUCCCUACGAAAAUCUCAUCUUCUGUCGUCUGUGUCGUCUUCCCUCCCCGCUCAACGCUACUUGCUUCUGCUCCCCCUUUGCAUACUUCUUCUCCUCGCGGCCGCCGCGAGCAUCACCACCGUCUUCUUCCUCCUCACUCUCCCUCUUCGCUUCUCCUCUCCUUUCUCUUUCUUCUCUGUCUUCUCUCCUCCCUCUUCUUCUCUCUCUUCGUCUCCGUCGUACUUCUUUCCCUUUGACCAUCGACCAUUUGGCGCGCCUUCUCCGGUGUCUGCCCCUCGCCUUCCACUCUCUGCUUCCGACGUUCCCUGGCCGCCAGCGAAGUCGCUUCGUUCCCCUCAGCCUUCUCUCUCGCGCUUUUUUCGGCUUGCGUCUCCGCUGCCUGCCUCGGCCUCUGCGCGUCACUCGCCGCUCGCUCUCGAGACGCUUCAGAUGCAACCGCGGCGUCUGUACAGCUCGCGAACCAUUCAGGUCGGGCCGCCAGAGACGUACACUGGCUUCUCUGUCGAUGCCCUCUGGAGUGCGUUUCUCAGCGCGCCGCAAGAGUAUUUUCUCUUCCUUUGGUUUCUAACCUCUCUCGCCAUGUUCGCCUGCUUCUGUAGCUGGGUCUGCGAGCAAAGGUCCUUCCAAAGAGCCGUCCUCGUCUCGCCGUAAACGCAAGCAAAAGCCGCUCUUGCUCCUCAACGAUGUCUCGAUAUCCCUCUUGCUCAUCCUCUGCUCUCUCAACAGGUAUACAUACAUAUACAUAUAUACAUAUACAUAUAUAUAUAUAUAUAUAUAUAUAAUCAUAUGCGUAAAUGUAAGUAUAGUAUGUAUAUGUACAUAUAUGUAUAUGAAUGCGUUAGAUAUGUAUGUGUUCAUAAAAACGUGUAUAUACUUUAUAUGGGCGUCUGUAUAGUCGUUAGGCAUGUAUUCAUGUAUGUGCAUACAGUGUAUAUACGUAUAAGUAUUGUAUAUAUAUAUAUAUAUAUAUAUAUAAAUAUCUUUUGAGAGAGAGAGUGGCUGAUGCAUUUGUGUGGAGAGAUAGAGAUAGUGAUGAAGAGCAGAGGAUGGAUGGAGAGACAAGAGGGACUGUCCCUCUGGGUUUUCCGGAAGAGAAUUGUGGGGUGCCUCGAAAAAGGAUGGUUCGAUCUCUUGGGGAGAAGAAGAGAGCUUGUUUCCUCUCGUUGGUGUCCAUAUUUUUUUCAAUUUUUCGAUGUUUGCCGUCGGCGUCUGGCGGCCUCUCGCUGCUUGUUGACGUUGCGAACGAACUCGAUCAGGUUCCUGUCUGCGUUUUUUCGUUCUCACACUCGUCUGCCGCGUCUCAGUCUCUUUUUCGCUUCUCUGCGACGGCUGCUGCGCCUUCUCUCGCUCACGGUGUCAGGAAGAAGACGAGAGGCAGAAUGGUGCGAAAAGAGAGAGACUGAGAGAGGAAGGUUGUAGAGAAGAGAAAUCGAAUGUCAGAAGGACAAAGGGAGGGAGAACAAGUGAGGGAGGAGGCGA